AUAAGUGCAAUGUGCAAUGUUGUGUGUACAUCACGGACGGUGGGAAAUGGCGAUUAUGUCAAAACAUCGCGCUAGAUCCGAUUGCGUUUGACUCGAAACGACGGCGAGGGUAUUCAUUGAUGAGAUGGCUCGCAACAGCAAGAAGAAACUCGCGAUAUUCGUGGGUACAUCGAAGUGUCUCAUUUAUGCAGAAGCAAAGUACUGUGCCUCUGAUAUGCCUGGAGAAAUAAAAUACUAUGAAUGUUCAAGAACAGAAUAUUGUUGUGCUUUUGGUUGUUGUGUGUCACCUGGAUUUCAUUUCCAUCACUUGUGGUAUUACUGGAUCCUAGUUAUAAUCAUGUUCUUGGUCUGUUCUGGUGGUGGUUGGUGGUACCGAUACUGGUUGCAAGGCAGAUACAGAGCAGCAGCUUCGGCUAUUCCAACUCGUUCUUCUACCACUAGAUCGCAAAGUUCUCUUCGUAACGCAUCUUGCCAAGCGCAGCAAGCUCGUAUCACAUACAAUUCAGCGAGAAAUACCGUCCUAUUACAUCGCAUGUGGAAAGGUCCUCAGAGAAAUACAGCGGCGCCAGCAUAUAACGGUAACGCGACCACAUCGACACACUAUCAGAAUAUGAACGUUGUAUUAAACGAUGCCAAUUGCCCUUAUUAUCAAUUAUACGGUCCUCCGCCUAGUUACGAGACAGUGAUAGCGCAAACGCGUGGCAAAAUCUCAAAUCCGGCAUCGCCAGAGUCGUCUGCCGCCCGAUUGAAUCUACAAACGGCGAAUGUAAUACCAAAUCCGAGUGUACCACAGUGUUUUUUCUAUAGCUGCAAUUCUCCGGCGAGAUUGGUGGACGGUAAUUCGAGUCAAUGUCAAAGUGAUACCACGAAUGCUCAUCAACUUGAUAGUCACGAGAGUGUUCCGUUCGCGCAUUUUUCCCAAUAUUGCACCACGAACGGAGCGGUUGGUCAAAAUAUGUGCGUUCCUUUGGAAUAUCCAGAAGAACCAAUCGCAUCCGGGGGAAGUAAUUUCAGUUGUAAUUAUCAGAACAGCCCGCAUCGGUUACCAGGAUAUCCAACAGAUAGAUUGCCCAAUGUGUCGGAUGCGGAAAACGUGACUCGCGGCUAUGAGAUUCCGAGUACCGAACAUGCGAUGCUCAAUAUUGACUCUGCGACCAGCAGCUAUGGAGAAUGUAAUCCUUGGCAUGAAAAUGAUCAAUCUGUACGAGUCCACGGUAAGAUUACCAUGCAGGAUGAAACUCGAACGUCUCAGAAGAGAUGCGUGACGACUACAGAUACGCACACUCUCUCGCCUAAGGAGAGCAGAAGCGAGAAUGAAUUGAAGCGUACGUUUAACGUAGUUCCUGUGAUACAGAGAAACUUUCCGAGAGGACGUACGAAUUAUGGCGGUUCCUUGCGAUUACCGCGUAAACACACCGGUAUCAUUUACCAAGGCGAUGGCUUCCAAAAUGUUCUCCCCAGAGAUUCGUCGAACGCUUCCCAACGGAGCACUUUUAAUUCUGCUCAGAUAGCAGCAUCGGAGGACGCGAAUUUUCUGGAACGAGAUGCGAAUUCUUCUCAAUCAAAUCCAUCCAACAAUGUGAUAUUAGAAUCCUUUAUUUUUGAAAAUGUGCAAUUGCCUCCAAGCGAAAAUGUCGAGGAGGCCCACGGUUUUCGUGCAAUGAAUCGGAAUAUAAACUUUGAUCUUGAAAGUAAACACAAAUUAGACAGAUCAAAGUCAUUAGACUGAACGUAAAUUGAAAUUCUUAUUGCGCGUAUUACGCGAUGUUUAUUCUUGUAUGUCUCUACUAUUUGCGCAUAACUUGUAUAACAAUACAAACUUAGGAUGCGGUCGAGUUGCCGUUACGAAUGCUUCGAAGCAUUUUUUGAUUGGUCAAUUAGUACAAUUUUUUCUUCCGAUUGGUUAAUCAAAUGUUUUGAAGCAUUUGUAGUGGCAACUCGAUCGCACUCUUAAUCGUUCGUGUGUUAUCAAGAUACGUUAUCAGAAUAAUCUUUAAUAGAGUUUCCGACUGUCGCGAAGAAAUAACGAUUCUAUUUUAUCAGAAAUAAUGUGGUAUCAUUUUUAUUAACACGUAUGUAUGGAAUAUUUUACGCAACGGUGAGUGUUUCGUAUUUACCAAUUCCAUAGUAUUGGUUUACAAUAUUUCACUAUUUCUUUAAUUAUCAAUUUUGAUGAUUGAAUCUCGUGAAAGAUAUGUGUGUGUGUGUGUGUGUGUAUAUAUAUAUAUCGUCCAUUAUUAUGUCACACAGAAUUAGCAAAUCUAAUAUUAGACGUUAGAAUUAAUUCGCACUUUCACAAUAUAUUUGUUGCAAUUCCGAAGCUGAACUAUUUUGAUUAUCUAUUGAGAUGCUAAAUAUUAUCUCUAAGUGUGAUAGGCGAUAGUUUCAUCUACAUACGGCGGCGAAAUGUCUUAUUAUUUCUGAUACCUACGAUAUAUACUGCCAUGGAAAGAUCUUUUUGAACGUCGUGUGUCAGAUAUUAAUUUUUUUUAUUUCUGCACUACACUUAACGUAAUAAGAUUAAGAUCGAAACAGUGAAAAUGAUGUUUCAAAAGCGCGGCCCAAUUUAAACCACCUACGCACAAAAAAGAUAUCAAUCAUUACUUUAUAUGGUAAUGAUAAAUCGCACAUCUUUUUUUAUGAACUUGAAAAACGAAUUUAUGAAUUAUUUAUGAAAGACCACGGAAGUGACUAAGGUCUUCAAUACAAUUCGUAAUAAAUAAGAUUUAUUUGAAAUAUCAAAUAAAUUUUGACGUAUUUUUUCUAACAAUAAUAUUGAUACAUUGAACUUGACAAUGCCGAAGUGUCGUCCUUCGUGCAGCAUAUUUCCGUCAAGCCAUUCUUCUCUAUAUAUAAUAUUUAAGCCUCUAUUAUAUAUAUAUAUAUAUGCACAGUAAUAUUAUCUCUAUAUUAAAUAAUGCGCAAAUUACUACACGUUGCACACAUACUCGACAUUAAGAUACAGUGAUCCAAAGAAAAUUCUAAUUUAUUAUAAAAAAUUCAAGAGUUUAUGAUUGAAACAGCAAUACUAUCAUAAUAAAGAUACGGUCGCGUAAAAAAAUAAGAAGUUAACGAAGCGAAGGUCGUUCAGUUAACAUUAGAAAAAUGAACGUAAGGGAAUAUAUGUGAAAAUAAAUAUAAUUCAUCGUUCAACUGAAUUGAAUUACAAACAAAUAUUUUUGCGCAUGUAAUACGUUAAUUUCCUCACGUAUAAUAGAUAAUAUUUUUACUUCAAAAUCUCUUUAUAUUUAUAUAUAUUUUAUAAGAAGAAAGAUGCGUCCUCGAAUUGUGACUAAUCUUGAUUUACUCGUAUAUCAAUAUUAACAUUAAUUGCAAUCCUUGCGAAUCAUAUCUUUUAGAUAAAUUGACACUAAAAGAAUUUAAAGCAGUUCAAUUUAUAUACACGCUAUACGUCUCGCUAUUAUUUUUUAAAUGUAAUAUACACACAUGCUAUGUGUAUUAAAUUUUAAGAUACGUCGUCAGUCCUUCGAUUCUUGAGCAUAAUAGCGGUCCAAGAAAACGCAAUAUGUGCCAAUAGCGACAAGUCCGUUAGAUAAGCAAGUAAUUGGAUAAGCGAGGCGCGAUCUCGCAGCCAAGGAGGUCUUACCUUAAAAAGCAAAGCAAAAUAAAAGAGAUAUAUGUACACACUUA